GGAGAGAGCAGCAUUUCGCGAGAGGAGGAGGAGAGUGUGCGUCAAAAUGGCGGAAAAACGAAAACACGACAGCGAGGACGAGCCGGUAGACGACAAUUCCGACGACGAUGUCAUCGGCCCGCUGCCGUCUGAGGCGGCGAAACCGAAGAAGGCGAGGUUUCUUCCUUUCGAGCGCGUCUACCUCGACAACCUUCCGUGCGCCGAAGCGUACGAGAAGAGCUACAUGCACAGAGACAUCGUCACGCACGUGAUCGUCACCAAGACGGAAUUUGUGAUCACGGCGAGUUGCGACGGCCACCUCAAGUUCUGGAAGAAGACGGAGGACGGCAUCGAGUUUGUGAAACACUUCAGGACUCACCUGGGCAACGUCCAGGACGUCGCGACCAACUCGACGGGUCUGUUCCUGUGCUCCGUGUCGAAUGACAAGUCGCUCAAGGUGUUCGACGUGGUCAACUUCGAUCUUAUCAACAUGAUGAAACUGCCCUACGUGCCCGGUCGGUGCGAGUGGGUCUACGGCCCGGGCGACGCGAUCGCCGCGGUGGCCGUCUCGGACGCCGACACGGGCAAGAUUUACGUCUACGACGGUAAAGGGGACGAAAAACCGCUGCACGCUAUCGAGUCCUUGCACAAGGCUCCGCUGUCGGCACUCAGGUACAACGCCAAGAUGGAAACCGUCGUGUCGGUGGACAAGAAGGGAAUCCUCGAAUACUGGACGGGUCAGAGGGCCGACUUCAAGUUUCCCAAGUGCGUCCGCUUCGAGUCGAAGCUAGACACGGAUUUAUACGAGUUCGUCAAGGCAAAGUCCUACCCGACGGGUCUGUGCUUCUCGCCGGACGGCCUGCAGUUCGCCACCAUCUCCACAGACCGCAAGGUGCGCGUCUUUCGCUUUCUGACCGGUAAGCUGACGCUAGUGCUGGACGAGACUCUGCAACAGCUCUCGGAGUUGCAGCAGAUGCAGCAGCAGCUUCCCGACAUGGAGUUCGGUCGGCGCAUGGCCGGAGACAGGGACCUGGAGAAGUCCGAAGCGUUCCACUACUGCAACCUGACGUACGACGACACCGGUCACUUCCUGGUGUACGCGACGCUGCUGGGAAUCAAGAUCGUCAACCUCCGUACGACGGUUUGCUCGCGCCUGUUGGGCAAGAACGACAACAUUAGGCCGUUGCACGUCGCGCUCUACCAAGGAGUGCCAGGGGCCAAUCGCCAGAUCACCUCCAUGGAGACGCACGCAUCGGAAAACCCGACGCUGCAGUCGCUGCAGGCCGACCCCAUGGUGGUGUGCACAGGCUUUCGCAAGAACCGAUUCUACCUCUUCUCCAGGAGGGAACCCGACGAGGGCAAGACGGAGGAGCGAGACGUCUUCAACGAACGUCCUUCCAAGGAGGACAUCCUCUCGGCCACCGAGUCGUCUGCACAGCAGCGACUCUUCCCGACCGCCAUCAUCCACACCUCCAUGGGAGACAUUCAUCUCCAGCUCUUCACCAAGGAGUGCCCCAGGACGGCAGAGAACUUCUGCGUGCAUGCGAAGGAGGGCUACUACAACGGACACAUCUUUCAUCGAGUCAUCAAGGGCUUCAUGGUGCAGACGGGUGACCCUACGGGAACGGGCACUGGCGGGGAGUCCAUAUGGGGAGGCAACUUCGAGGACGAGUUCCACCCGACCCUCAAACACGAGCCGUACACGUUGAGCAUGGCCAAUGCCGGGCCCAAUACUAAUGGUUCGCAGUUCUUCAUCACCGUGAUUCCCGCUCCUUGGCUGGACAACAAGCACACCGUGUUCGGCCGAGUCACUCGCGGCAUGGAGGUGGUGCAGAACAUCAGCAUUGUGCGGACCAGCCCCAAGACCGACAAGCCUUACGACGACGUGCGCAUCAUCAGCAUAACUUUGCGGUGACGCUCCGCACUGUGGUUCAUCCCCAUUCUGUUGACUCGUGACAUCACAUCGUCGUUAAAAGUGUACAUAGUGACAUUUACAUGGACAACCGUGGUGCUUGUACAAUGAAAAGUGGAAGA